GCACGGGCCGCCCCCCGCCUCCCGAGCUCGCUCAGCUCCGCCCCGCUGGCGCCGCCCGCCCUGCGUCCGCCGCCGCCGCCGCCGGAUCCCCCGGCCCGGCCCGGCCCGGCCCGGCAGAAUGGCUGCCCUUUACCUAAAGAAAUUAAUACAUCAAGCCACAAGGAAUGAAACUAGUUGCAUAAAUAAAUACUUCAACAUUCCUUUGGUGCAAACUAUGCAAAAGACCACAUUCUCUCAAGCAUUGAUGGUGAUGGCUGGUGCUAAAAGAAGACUUAUGUUUGUACCUACAAAAUCAUUUUGUACAACUGGAGAAGCUGAAAAGAAACCAGAAGGAAAGAAAAAAAACUCAAAUGCCCAAAAAACAUUUGGAAGCAUUGGGAGGAAAAUUCCUCAGAGGAUCCUUCAUGUAAUUAGCGAAAACGGGGACAGCUUAGGAAAUAUGCACAGAGGAGAUGUGAUUCGACUCAUGAAUGAUCGUGAUCUGAAGCUUGUUCCACUGCGUGAAAAUGAAGAGCCUCCAGUGUACAGACUAAUGACGGGGAAGCAGAUUCACGAAGAGCAGCUCAAACGCAGAGAGAAACAAAAAGCAAGUUCAAAAGCUGGGCCUGUUCAGCUGAAGGAGUUAACUUUUUCUGCAACUAUUGCAAAACAUGACUUAGAGACCAAAAUUAGACAGAUUCAGCAGUGGAUUGAUAAGAAGCAUCAUGUCAGAAUUUCUGUACAGCAACGAAAUGUUGCAGAUGGACCAGAAAAGAUGCUGGCUCUCUUUGAUCAGAUUGUUGCGACUAUGCCUGAGAAAGCUACUUACCUAUCCCAGCCAAGAGUAGCUAAAGAAGGAAAGAGUACAUGUGUUCUGAGACACACGUCAGACAAAGAAGCUAGUGAGUACAGGAAAAUGGAAAAGAAGAACAGGGACAUUCUGAAGAAGGAGCGUGGAAAUGAAACUACUGAGUCAAGUGAACUGCAGUGAUUUUAACCAAACACCUGGAGUGACUACAAAACAAAAUAUUCAGUUUUCUACACAAGACAUUAUAAACUUGCCCAUGUGAUAAUAAAGCAAAUUGUCAAUUCUUGCUGAAA